AUUAUCAAUGGGUAGAUCACAGACUGGUUGGAUCCAGUAUGUCCUACCUCUCACCCUGGCAAACGUGUUUCUCCACCUUUGCUAUGUUUUUUUUCUUCUCCAGGCGCAUGACAGUAUGGACCACACUGCAAACAAUAUCUACACUUUUGAGCAGGCACUUCUGUUGUGUAAAAGAGAAAUUAUCUACAGAGAAGCCGGUGUUGCGGUGAAGAAAGCAAUUGAAAAAUCCAACAAUACUGCCUUUCCUCUUAGUCUAUCUUUAAUCAAACCAAACAUAGACCAAGAACGACACCCUGAGAUUGAAACUAACAAGAUAUCCCAUAUUAAACAGGAUGAGGGGGUAUAUGAUAGGUGGAGAUUAUUUAAAAUUCAUACAAACGCUAUCAAAGCUGAUAAAUGGGCACAGCUUUCUUCUCGACAGGUCUGCAUUGGAACCCAUUCUAGUGUGGAGAGAAUGCACUGGAUUGUUCAGAUGGCGAACAGGUGGAGUGGACCUAUAUCUAUGACCUUAUUUCUACCUGAUGUUGAGUACUCUAUAGCUAUGGUCUUCAUUAAGUUCCUCCGAACCUGUUAUCCUUCAGUUAGAAAUCAGGUCAGCUUCCAUAUUAUAUAUCCUGAUGAACAUCCACCAAAGAACUUUAGUAUGUUAGAUGGUAUAAUUGAUAGUAUACCUUGUGAAUCCCCGCAUGUAGUAAUUGCUAAUUUGUUAACCCUGAGACCUGAAGAGAUGACAGUUUGGAGAGAAUCAUUGAGGUACCCUCAGAACCUGGCUAGAAACACUGGUAAGAGCGGAUGUCAGACACCGUUUACUAUGGUUCCAGAUACAGACAUGAUACCGUCCAAGCAGAUGGCAGAGAAAUUAGAGGUAUUUUUGCAGAAACCUGAGCAUUCAAAUUGCAACAAGUGUGCAUUUGUAAUUCCUGUAUACGAAGUUAAAUCUAGCAUUAGCCGGGACAUGAUGCCAACCAACAAGACUGAGCUCUCUUUUCUCAUCGACAGAUACUUCGCUAGACGGUUCCAUCAGACAGUUUAUCUUCUCAACCAGCUUAGUUCGGACCUGGAUAAAUGGGAAGCAAUACCGGACCAGGAAACCACUGAAAUAGCAUACGAAGUUAAACACUUCCUGUUCAAGUAUGAACCCUUGUACGUAUCUAGAGCUGAAACUCCUAUCUUUGAUGAGAGAUUUAUUGGGUUCGGUAUGACAAGGAACACACAAGUAUAUGAGAUGUAUGUAGCAGGAUAUAGGUUAAUACUACUCAAUAUCCUGUAUCUAGUCUACGUGGUUCAACUACUUCUUGCUAGUCCCGUAACUGAAAGUUUUAGUGGGGUGGGGCACAAAAGAUUAUUUAAAGGGUUUGCUCGAGAGAUCUCUGCUCGGUACAACAAGGAUCCGUACAAUAUGCUUCAGAAGAUGGAGAUGCCAGGAUUCUGGGGGGUCAAGAAUAUUACAGAUAUAGAGUUUGGGGUCCCAGGGCAGCAGUGA